AUGAAGCCCUACUACGGCCUUACAGGGACGAAGCUGAAUAUUGCCAUCGCGAUCAUUGCUGGCACUGAUUUUGCUCUAUUUGGAUAUGACCAGGGUGUUAUGGGAGGGCUGUUGACUCUCCCUUCAUUCCUACGAAUUUUCCCCGAGAUUGACACGCAGCACCCACCCGCUGGAAGUAAUGCUAGCCAGACUUCCAAUGUCCAAGGCAUCACCGUUGGUGCUUACACCCUUGGUUGCUUCUUCGGUGCUGUGGCGACUAUAUGGCUUGGAAACCUUCUUGGCCGGAAGAGAACAAUUUUCACAGGAUCAUCGAUCAUGAUAGUUGGUGCUGCUAUUCAGACUUCCUCAUUCACCCUGCGUCAGCUUAUAGUUGGUCGUUUGAUCACUGGAUUUGGGAAUGGGAUGAACACUUCCACAGUACCAACGUGGCAGUCAGAAACAUCAAAAGCUCAUCGCCGAGGCCAAAUGGUCAUGAUAGAAGGAUCGCUGAUUGUGUUUGGUGUGAUGCUGUCUUAUUGGAUUGAUCUCGGUUUCUCCUUCCUUGAGCCCUCAACUAUAUCUUGGCGCUUCCCCAUUGGGUUCCAGAUUCUACUUGCGCUGUUUAUUGUCAUUAUGAUCCCAGGAUUACCUGAAUCUCCUCGGUGGCUGGUCCUGAAGGGGCGUGAUGAAGAGGCAGUGAGAGUGCUCUGCGCGCUAUCUGAGCUCCCUGAAGAUGAUACCAGGAUCCAGAACGAGUAUAAGGAGAUGAAAGACGUCGUUUUCGAGAUGAGCAAGGGAAGUUUCGGUGAUUGCUUCAAGAGAAAUAAGAAUAGGCAAGUGGACCUCAUUUCACUAUGUUCCAACAAAGUAGUAUCCGGUAUUAAUAUCAUCACCUACUAUGCUGCUACAAUUUUCGAAAACAACAUCGGGUUGAGCGGGUUUCUCAGUCGAUUACUUGCUGCGUUGAACGGGACAGAAUACUUUAUCGCUUCGUGGGUAGCCAUAUUCACCAUAGAGAGGUUCGGCCGAAGAGGUCUCAUGCUAUUCGGUGCCAUAGGGCAAGCAUGCUCAAUGGCAGUUCUCGCCGGUACCACGUCCUCUGUGACCACUAGUUCAGGAAUCGCGGCCGCCGUGUUCCUAUUCGUCUUCAAUUCCUUCUUCGCAAUAGGAUGGCUGGGCAUGACAUGGCUGUAUCCAGCUGAAAUUACACCGCUGGCUAUCAGAGCCCCUGCAAACGCAAUAUCUACUACCGCCAACUGGAUAUUCAAUUUCAUGGUUGUCAUGGUAACUCCAGUUGCGUUCGCCAACAUUCAAUGGAAGACCUACGUCGUCUUUGCUUGCAUAAAUGCCUUCAUGGUUCCCUGCGUGUACUUUUUCUUUCCGGAGACAGCUGGCCGCUCUUUGGAGGAGAUGGAUGAGAUCUUCCACGACAUACAUGGUAUCAGGGGCGCGUUUGAUGUCGUACGUGUCGCCAAGACCAAGCCCAGACGCUACGGCAAGCACGGUGAGCUCUUGAUCAACUACGAAGAGACAGCUGAGGCGCACCACGUUGCAGAGCGUAGGCGAUCCAGCGUUGCAGCCGCCCAGGAUGCUGAAAAAGCCCACGCGGAGCAUCAUAACGGGGGAUCCUAG